CGUUCAUUGCAGGGGAGGUCAUGGCCGGCGAUUCUAAGAACAUCCUCCAGUGUCCUGCUCUUCUCCAGUAUAUACUGGAAGAGAAUUCGUAUCCGAGAGAGCACGAACAGUUGAAGGAACUCAGAGAAACCACGUUAGAAACGUUCAAGUACUGGAGCGUGAUGAGCGUACCGGCGGAUCAAGGAUUGUUUCUAUCAAUGCUUCUGAAACUGAUGAACGCAAAGAAAGCGUUAGAGAUCGGCGUAUUCACUGGCUAUUCGCUCCUCACCACUGCGCUAGCACUGCCCGCUGAUGGUCAGAUUACAGCCGUUGAUGUGAAUAGAGAUUCAUUCGAGAUUGGCUUGCCUUUUAUAAAAAAAGCUGGAGUUGAUCAUAAGAUCAAUUUUGUAGAAUCACAGGGAAUGCCUGUCCUCAACGACCUCCUCAAUGACGGAAAAGAAGGAGAAUUUGAUUUUGCAUUUGUGGAUGCUAAUAAAGAUGAGUACAUUAAAUAUCACGAAUUGCUUUUGAAAUUGGUGAAAAUCGGCGGUGUAAUUGCCUAUGACAAUACCUUGUGGUUUGGAACAGUGGCACAGAGUGACGACGUCGUUGACGAGAAAUUAAAGGCUAGUAGAGGCCAUACACGAGAACUCAAUGCUUUUCUUGUUAAUGACUCGCGCGUUGAUAUAGCUCUCCUCUCGGUUGGAGAUGGUCUCACUCUUUGCCGGCGUAUUAAAUAAAAACAAGGGCAAGCAAAGUGGAUAACGAUGUCUGUUGCAGAGCCAUGAAAAUCAUAUAGAUUUUUGCACGGGCUUUCUUUUUUUCUUUUCUAUCGUAAACC